AAAUUUAUGACCUAAGGAAGUUGGUCAGCAUUGGAUAUGGACAAAGGAAUAGUGAAUUUUUCGUGAUUUUUAAAUUUUUUUUAUUAAUUUGGGUUCCAUGCUUUCAAGACUGAUGCGAAAUUCGUGGGAUAAGCAAAUAUUACAACGUUAAAGGUUUACAGCACGUGGUAACAAGAUGUCAUCAAAUGCUGUUAUAGUAGCCGUGUGUUCCGUCGGAUCAGGUGUAAUGGGAUUGAUCGCAGGUCUCCUCAUCAUGUUUGUGAUCAAAAGCUGUCGGACUAAAGUGGGCAAUACUGACAUAGAGACUGACGUUUCAUUCCGCCGAGAGCCCUUCCCACAGGUAUAUGACUAUAGGAACGAGAAUAUCAGAUCCUGGGAAAAUACAGACCCCGUAGCUUCUCAGAUAACGAAUGAUGGUGAGAGCGGCAUCUAUUGUAGAAUAUCAAAGUUUGACAUUCCAGUGGUGACAGAGGAUGCUGCUGUACAGACAACUGAUGAUGAAGCUGAUUACGUAUACCUGAUUAAAUACGAACAAGGUGUCCAAUGUGACAUCAUCAGCACGUGCUCUUCUCCUACAUCACCAUGUAACCAACCCACGUCGUCUUUCCCUCAUGGAACAGGCAUGUCUUAUUCCACCUAUCGACGUCAUAUCCGGGACGCUUUUAGCACGUGGCAGAUUGUGCAAGCGGCUACCAAUAAUUCAAACAUAUGUGACAAAAACUGGUCUCAUCCUUUACCGGAUCAUCGACAAUAUACUGGUAACGUUGAAACCCAGAACGAGGCGGCAGACGACAAUGACGUACUGAUGAUAAAACUGACGCCGAAUGUCCGUGAUUUCCUCCACAUGAAUGGUUUGUGUGACAAACAAUCGUCAGCUGAAGUUCAAGCAAACGUAAAGCAGACACACAAGACUAUUAAACAGAUCGUCACUUCUUUAGAAGGGUCAAGUCAAGGGAACAGUACUAAUAUUCAUUCUGCAAUUUCAGGAUUAACUGUGGAAGCAGAAGACCAUUAUGUGAGGAGUGAUGAAGACUAUUUACCAAUGGAAGGCCAAAAUGAUGAUGAUUACCUGCCCAUGGAAAAUCCCUCGGAAAACGAUGAAUAUGUGGAAUCAGUGAAACUGGAUAAUUAUUCGUGUUUUUCAUCUUUCCAACGAAAAGAUAUUUCAACGAAACCAAUUUGUGUUAAAACUUCCGCAUACGGAGAUAAUGAGUUACGUCCGGUUGAAUGUGAUACUUCCGAUCGCUGCUAUGUUGAUAGUUCUUUCUGUACGGGUUGUGUUGACGAUAUUUAUGACGAUUGCAAAAGUGAGGAUUCAUCGGAAAAUGAAGAUUAUCUGCCGAUGACAACUAAGACUGCCCCUGUAAACGAGGACUAUUACAACUGUAAUCAUUUGAAAGUAGACGACGAUGACUAUGUGCCCGUCGAUGAUCAUUCAUUAUCGCGCAGACGCGGAAGUUCCACACACAAUUCUGACUAUAUUAACUACCGACCGAGAGGUGGACACGCCGACGAAUGCUGACAAUCUGUGUGUGACAUCGGCAAGCUGAUGACUGGCUGGCAAUUGAAUCGGUUUGCGAAACUGGCCGAGAGGUGCGCACGCUGACAAAUGCUGACAAUCGGCGUGUCAUUUGUACAAUCUUUGUGAAACCGGAGAACACUGACGAGUCCUGAUAGUCGGUGUGUGUCACUUCGAUACAUGUAAAUAUCGACAAGAUUUUGGUAAAUCAGCAAAAUAGAUAAAAUAACAUUUUAAAAUUACAUUGAAGUAUCCACUCACUAUAUUACAGCCAUGAAGAAUAUUGUAGAAUCAGAAUUGUGUAUACUUUACAUCAAAUAAAAUAUAUUUCCUCUCGAAA